AUGAUUCAAGUAUGCAAAGUAAAGUACGAAGGGGAAGACUCAGAAGAAUUUGGUGUAGGGAUAGGCUUAAGACAGGGAGAUGCCUUGUCACCAGCUCUUUUUAAUAUAGCGCUAGAAUCAGUUAUGAGAGAGACCUUGGAUGGAGCAUUGGGAAUCAAAAUGAGAAAUGACCAGCAACUGGUACUGCCAGGAUAUGCAGAUGAUGUUAUAAUAAUGGCGGAGAGUGAAGAAGAUCUAAAGAGAACUACUAGCAAAUUGAUAGCAGAAGGGGAAAACAUUGGAUUAAUGGAUAUUGAUUAUUUCAAUGUGAUUCCUAAACCCCUCGAGUUGUGCCCAGAAGUUCCGCCCGGACUGAGCGAAACAGCACCGUUGAUCAUACCAACAAUUGAAACUCUUGAAGGGGUCGGAAAAAAUUUAUCGUGGUUGGUAAUUAGACAUGGUGGCCAUAACACACCAAUAGAUUGCAUAUCCCGGUACAAAAUUGCUAUAAUUGUACCUUACAGAGACCGCUUGCAAAACUUGUGCACAUUUUUGUUGAAUAUUCAUCUAUUUUUAACAAAACAGCAAUUAGAUUACACCAUAUUUGUUGUUGAACAAUUUGAUGGUAAAUUGUUUAACCGAGGCAUGCUGAUGAACGUAGGAUUUGUAGAAGCGUUGAAACUGAGUGAAUUCGACUGUUUCUUUUUUCAUGAUGUCGAUUUAAUACCAGAGAAUGAAAACAACAUUUACAGUUGCCCCCAACAGCCUCGACAUAUGUCCGUUGCCGUUGACAAAUUAGACUACAAAUUGCCUCACGAUAACAUAUUUGGAGGUGUGAUUGGCAUAAGUCGACAUCAUUUCCAGUUGGUGAACGGCUUCAGCAACAGGUUUUGGGGAUGGGGCGGCGAAGACGAUGACCUGGCGUCUCGGGUUAAAUUCCACGAUCUCCACAUAACUAGAUAUCCCUCAAACAUAGCCCGUUACCGUAUGCUUAAUCACGUCCAACAAGCAAUUAACCCACACAGAUUCGAAUUACUACUCAGCGGACAAAAGUGGUUCAAAACGGACGGUCUUAAUAGCCUAAAGUAUCAAAUAAAAUCGGUUGAACGCCUGCCCUUGUAUACACAUGUUUUGGUGGACCUAACUAAAAGUUGA